AUGGGUGAACGCCGUCGAUUAAGUCGUUCUCCUCAAGCAGAAAAAAUGGCUGGAGAAGUGAGUACCGUUCAUCUUGUCACGCAUGAAGGCAAUAGAGGAACUAAGGCACCAGAUGUAGAGAAGGAAGUAAAUGCAGCUGUUGAAGAUGUCAGGAUUAAAGCAGCAGAAGCAAUCCAGGAAAUAACGAAUUCUCCAAUAAUGAACGAAAGAGAACGGAGGGAUGCAGCUGCCGCUAUGACUUUGGGGCGGAAAAAACCUGGUAAAGUCGCACGAAAAACUCAAGAGGAAAUUGCAUGGAAUGAAAAGGUGUGA